GACAAAUUUUGGAAUAACUUAGUCGACAGACUGUUCUUUUCUGUCAAUAGAAGGUCUUUCCUUCUUUCAGCUAUUCUCGCACGCCCCUGUUUUCUCUUAAUUUUGAGGCCACGUCCCCGAUUUCGGUUCACGUGAGUGAAUUCUAGACAAGUAGGCAGCAACAAAAAAAAUCAUAAGUACACGACCGGUGUGGAAUCUUGUGCAGGCUGCUUGGAGAACAUUUGUUCCCGCGUUCCCUAAACUGGCCCCAGAAUUAUGAAUGGAUAUUUUUUGUUGGCCCGAGAAGGCGCUUCGUUUGAAAUAUUCUUGAAGAAAGAUCUUAUCGGCACUACAGCUGCUGUCAUUUCCUUUAUUUCUUGAUAUUAUUUAUAUCCUCCAUAUGGUUGCAGGUCUUUCUAGUCGUGGUAGGUAGUAACUGGACUCGCUAGAACACGAAGACAAGUUAUCUCUGUCCAAGGUGGGAAAAGAUGAAAUUUUAACCUUGACUCCAGCGACAAUGUAUCUCAUUAGCCUUUGUAAUUUUGUGAGGUCUAAUGUAAUCCAUUUAUGAUAUCUUCACUGCCUCAUGAUUACCCGUUAAGUUCGUUGUAUUUACUUUUACGGCACGGGAUUGACGUGCACCCUCAUUUCUUUUUUCAGAGAUUCAUUGUGGUCUAAACAUUGACGUC